CCAUUUGUGUUUCUUUUAUUGAAAGCACCUCUACAUGAGUAAGCACAGUCGUACAACGAAAGUUGAAGCUGAAAUAAGUGAAAAAUAUGGAGUUAAACAUAUUAGAUCUAAAUGAUUAUUGUCUCGGUUCAGUAUUGAAGUAUCUGGAACUAGAAGAUCAUGUUCGAUUUGCACAGACUUGCAAGCGAUUUGAAGAAGUGCUCAGAGAUUGGUCACCUGUACUUUAUCCAGAUUUGAAAAUAGAAAGAAGUUAUAAUACUAGCUCCAAUGAAGUGAAAUUGCAAUUUCAAUUAUUAUACAUACUACGAGACGUGAUUAAGCAACUGUAUCUGGAAUUCCAUGAAAAGGAUGGCGAAGCACCGCUUUCCAUCGAUGAUCUCGUUAGUCAGAUUAAAUAUAUGGAUAGUCUCGAAAUAUAUUGAAAUAAAAGAAAGACGCAUCCGUAGUCUAUUAAACAGGUCGAAAACACGUCAACAACUGAUCGAAAAGGUAUUGGAUACUCUAGAAUUUUUACCCAAUAUAAAAACCGUUAGCACUAGCUGCGAGACAGAUACUUAUACCGCGUGCAGUUUGAAACGUUUGAAUUGCUUGGAGAAAAUAUCAAUCGAUAAUAAAAUUUCCGUUGAAGAUUUGAUCGAAAUCUGUAAAUCAAAUACGAAUCUUCGAGUUUUGUGGAUAAGAGAAGUUGUCGGUGAACUUUCGGAUAUUGUGCCCCAUUGUCAAAACUUGGAAGAAAUAUUUUUCCCCAUGCUUUACGGUCAUAAAUCUUACUCUCGACUCACAGAUCUUCCGAAGCUUCGCAAUGUUUUUAUAAAAAGCAUAAACCCAACUUCGCCUUGUGCUAAAUUAAUCGAAUUGUUCGAUGCAUUUGCCGAGAAGAAGCAACAAACUGCAUUGGAAAGUCUAAUGCUAUUCUUUUUUUUGAGCUUUGAGGAGACAAGCAAACUAAUUCAAUUGUCCUCGCUGAAAGAACUGCGUUGUGCUUUCGAUGAUGCCAGAUGCAUUGAUCUUUUGACUGACUUAACUGAGCUGGAGGGACUUUAUAUAAUGUUAGAGCGUACAGCUGGCGGAUGCAAGGAGUGCUUGAAUAUACUGCGAUCGUGUCAAAAAUUGCAGCAUCUGCACAUUAACUCGACUGUGUCAAUCGAAUUCACAGGCAAGGCGCUGGAAGUCUUGCGGCAAGUGCGCAAACCUGAAAAGCAAAAACCUCUGCGAUUUUAUUCAAACGGAGUUAGGCAUUUGUGCAAUGACAAAGGUGAGGAGGAGAUUGAUAAUGAAUACUGUGUAGUGGUGAAUAGGUCCGAAUAUUUGCGUGCUUCACCAUGGCGAUCAGAUUUAUACCAGCUAAGGCAUUGUGCGAAGCGAAGAGAUCAGCCGGUGGGGUGCUAUCGACAAUUAGGUUUUUUUUAAAAUUUAAACAAUUAAGUCUUGAAAAUGCCGCGAAUAUUUCUGCGGUGAUAUGAAAUAUAGGCAAGUGAAUUACGACCAAUUCUCUCGACAUAAAUCUGCAUGAAAUAAUGCAACAUUAAAAAUAAAAACAACUGGCAGUCGUCCCAUCGUUAAGUAGCAAAAUAAAUGCAAUGAAAAUGUAUUUAUUAAAUUUAAAAUAAAAAUUGCAGUAGUUGCAGUUGAAAAUUGUGCGAGUCGCUGAUACUUUGUAUAUACAUAGAUGACACGACAAACUGGACCUGAGCUACUUCUUCUAAUGCUACUCUGAUUGGUCUUUGGCUGUGCGCCAGAUGUGUAUGCUGCUGUCGGUUUUUUGUGUGCCCCAAGCAUAAUGUAAUUAGUUGCAACAGCCCAACAACAAACAAGUAGAAAGAACAACAACAACAACAAUAAUAGCAAAAACAAAAACAAAACCGAACUAAAUAAAUUCUUAAGAACGUGCAUAAAAAAUUAUUUGCUCAUACGCAUGAACGCUUGCCCAAUGAAGACUUACCAUAUAUAUUUUUUGUUUAUACCACGCAGAAAAGAGUAGAAUGGUCGAAGUCAGCCAGACGAUGAACUGUCUGAUCUAAUUAGCAAUUUACAUACCAUAUAUUCUGUCAGUCUAAAUAUGACGAUAAAAGAGUGAUUUUUUAUAUUGGAUUUACAUUCAAGAAUGUCGCAAUAUUCAAAUUAAUUUCUACUUUUUUCAACAUCCUUAAAAUAAUCUGAAUUUUACCAUAGAGAAUAGUAUCUUAAAGUUCACCCUAACUUUGCCUUUAACCAAUUUGAAUUGUUUUUGUUUUUUUCGAAAAUUUGGCAAUGAACCAAAAAACGCGGCCACUGCUACAACAAAAACAACUGAUUUGUACAGGUGCGAAAACUCUGUGAUCUGUGCACGUCGGAAAACCCAAGCCUAUAUACAAAUUUGACUUUAUUUGAUGCCUGUCUGUGUGUGUGUGUCUAUCUGUUUGGCCCUGGGUCAAUUCUCGUACCCAAAGAUCAUGCCCUUAAUGGCGAUUGUUGUUUAAUAGCUGCCAUCUGCAUUUGGGCCUUAUUCACUUUUAUUGCACAGAUCGCGACAGGUCGGUCCUCAGUUCGUAUACUUAUUUAUAUUUUCUUCAUUGAGUAUUGUAUUGUAUUUUUUGCUUUGUUUUCUUGUUGCCUUUUGGCUUUUGUAGCACAAUGAAAGUAUCGUUUGUUUAUUUGCCAAGCAUCUUAUGAUUUUCCUUAGUGUGUUUUUCAUUUUUCUUAUUUGCAUUUGUGUUCUGCGCUUGUGAUUUGUAUUUUUAGUACCAAGUGUGGCAGUUGCUGGUUGCCUGUUCAUUUGCUUAGCUCUGUUCAGUUUAAAUUGGCUAAUUGAGUAUUGGCUGCGAGACUUAAUUGUAUUCUUAAAUAAAUAAAAUUUAUUGAGUAUGAUUUUGAAAUAAAGUGCAUGUAUAAUAGAAUGACGGAUAAUUGAAUUUAAUAUUAAUUAAAUAUAUAUUAGAAACGAUCGACGGAGGACAAAUUUUUCUAUACUACAACUAAGAACAUAAAUUGAAAAUGUAUAAUAA